AUGGCUGCCGAUAUUAGUGUACAACCUGGACCUCUUGUUCCUUCUAUUCCCUCUCCUGACUCAUGGGAUGCUUGGAUUGCUGGAAUUCUUGCAUCGGUAAUUCUGCCAUUCUUGGGGUUCAAAUGGGGGUCAUUAAUGAAACUGAAAAAUGAAGUUGACACGGCGGUGCAGAUAGCAGAAGAUGUAGCAGAGACAAUAGAAAGGGUGGCUGAGAAAGUGGAGGAGGCAGCAGAAGAGGUUGCCGAUCACCUUCCGGCUGGUGGAAAACUAAAAGAUGCUGCAACGUUUAUCGAAAAUUUAGCCAAAGAAACAGCAAAGGAUGCCAAUUUAGUAGAUGGAGUGAUUCACAAGGUUCAAGAAAUGGAGGACAAUCUGGAGUCAUUAUUUGAACCAAGAAAGGGCCAACAAAAGUAAACAAGAAAUGGCAUUUAUAGUCAUAGGUU